AAAGUGGCGACUACCCGCUCCCCGGUUGCGGGCCCAGCCAUGGCUCGCCAAGAUGCGGGCGUGGUGCGUGGUGUGGUCCGCCCUAGAAUUGAGUUGGUGGUCCCGCGGGGGAUUCUUAAGCUGAAAGGCACACGAUAACCUCGGCCGCCCUCCCCCUUCCCGCCUCCUCAUUUCUCUUGUGCCUCCCUCGCCUCCUACUUCCUCUUCCUCUUCUUCUACCCCAGCUUGGUAGAUCGUCCGCCCCCUUUUGUCACCUUCUCACCACGUCCUUUGCCUCCCCGACCCAGCUGCGUUAGACUACCAUGACCCCUCCUCCUUCUAACGCCAAGGUCCCGCCCAAGUCGGCAGCUUACGGACAGGCGUCCAAUGAGCAAUCUACAACCCAGAAGCCCUCGGCGCGCCAACGUCUGGUCAAUUUGGCUUCUCACCUGCUCCCCACUGGCAACACUGAAUUCGACUAUAUCAUCGUCGGUGGUGGUACAGCUGGAGCUGUCCUCGCCAACAGACUGACGGAAGAUUCUAAUGUCACCGUCGCCGUCGUCGAGGGAGGCCCCACUGAUGUCGGCGAGGACCGAGUCCUGGACCUCAAGCGUUGGCUCGAGCUCCUGGGGUCUGAGCUCGACUACGACUACCCGACCACUGAGCAGCCAAUGGGCAACUCGCACAUUCGUCACUCUCGCGCUCGAGUGCUGGGCGGCUGCUCUUCACACAACACCCUCAUCUCUUUCCGACCCUUCAACGAGGACCUGGACAUCUGGGCUGAGAAGCUCGGAUGCCCUGACUGGCACAGCAAGAAGAUUCAGCCUUAUGGUGACCGUCUGAAGAUGAACAUCGUGCCCGUCGCUCCUCAGCACCGCAACCAGGUCGCAAAGGACUGGGUGCAGGCAUCGAGCUCCGUCACCGGCGCCCCCAUCAUGGACGACAUGAACGGUGCCAUUGUCCACGGAGGUGCUUUCGACAAGGCAUGUGGGUUCUUCCACAUCUCGUACGACCCGGCCACCGGCGGUCGAUCUUCCGCUUCCACUGCUUACCUCCACCCAAUCAUGCCGCACGGUCCUUAUCGUCGGAACAAUCUCCACCUUUUCCUCGAGACUUGGACCCAGAAGCUUGUAUACGACGAGGCCGACCCUCUCAAGGUCAAGGGUGUUGCUGUGCGGACCUCAGCUGGACUGGAGAAGACGCUUACCGCACGGAAGGAAGUGAUUUUGUGUGCUGGUGCAGUAGACACCCCGCGUCUGCUGCUGCACUCUGAAGUCGGACCCAAGGCUGACUUGGAGAAGCUGGGCCUCAAGUGUCGUUUGGACCUGCCUGGUGUUGGCUGGAACUUGCAGGACCACCCAGAGAGCAUUAUCAUGUGGUCUACAAAGGACACUCCGACCGAGACGACGAUGUUGUCCGAUGCUGGUCUCUUCCUGCGUGUUCUGCCAAAGGAGGCCGAGAUGCACCCGCACAAUGGUCCCGAUCUCAUGUUCCACAUCUACCAGACUCCCUUUGCCGACAACACUGAGCGCGAGGGGUUCCGUCGUCCAGAGCACGCCAUCUGCAUGACCCCCAACAUCACUCGUUCUCAAGGUAGGGGCAAGCUCUCUCUGGCCUCUGCUGACCCGGCCGACAAGCCUCUGCUGGACUUCAAGUACUUUGAGGACAAGAAUGGCUACGAUGCCAAGAUUCUCGUGGCGGGUAUGAAGUGGGCAAGGAAGAUCGCACGGCAGUCUCCCUUCAAGGAGCACCUCAUCGAGGAGGUCGCUCCUGGACCGGCAAUCCAGACGGACGAGGAGCUGUCCCAGUACGCACGGAGCGUGGCACACACUGUGUACCACUGUGCCUCCACCUGCACCAUGGGCAGCCCUCAAGACCCGAUGAUCGUGGUAGACCAGAAGGACCUGAAGAUUAAGGGAUUGAAGAACAUCAGGAUCUGUGACGCCUCCGUCCUGCCUACGUUGCCGACCGCCAACCCUAUGCUGACGGUGCUGAUGGUUGCUGAGAGGUGCGCGGACUUGAUCCACGGCAUCAAUGUUUGAGCGAGCCGGAGCAUGGGGGCGGACGCAUGGAAGACGGAUAGAAUCGGUCACCUUUAGAGACUCCAAGCAGGGAUGGACGUCUCUUGACAGACAUACUUGUCGUCUGUCUGCAUCAUAUCUUUUAGAAUACACAUCGCAUCACUUUCUUACUGUCCCUUUGCUCACAUCUGCUUUCCUGAGUUAUCUGACGCUAAGAGUGGAGGUGCUGCUCUCGCUUUAGUCAAUUGGCCUGCUCGCUUCCGCCUCUCGAAGGUCUAGAUACCCGAGCUUUCCGCUACCUGACUUCUUCCCGUCUUC